UUUGUUAAAGAACGUCAGACAGGGCUGGACCAGUGAACGGACCUGUCGAGAUGGCGGCAAAUUUUUUAUUAAUUUUCUUUGCCCUUUUCGGGUUUGCAUUUUCUGAAGUCGCUCAAUUUACAAACUGCGGAGAUAGCGAUGUGUGCGAUAUCAACGAAGUCCGCAUCACACCGUGUAAGAAGCCGACUAUGUGCUCUUUAAAGAAAGGGACUACUCCAAGCAUAGCCUUCGACUUCACACCGAAAUUUUCAAGUGAUUCUAUAACGACUGGUCUCUUCUGGGAUAGCCCUGGUGGUGAAGUACCUUUCUCAGAGCUCGAUAAAGCUAAUGGGUGCCUGUACACUUCAUGCCCUCUGGAGGCUGGCAAGAAACAGGAGCUUGACUACAGUCUUCAAUUAUCCAAGAAGUUACCCACUGGUAAAUAUACCUUCAAAUGGAAGAUAUGGACAGACGACGGCAAAGAGUGCUGCUUCAGGACUAACAUCGAACUGAAGAGAUAAUAACAUCAUAACAAUGUGAUAUGUACAUAUAAUAAACGAUUUUAUAUUA